UGCCGGGAGGUUCCGCCGAUGUUAACAGCUCAGUCUGGUGAAGAAGAGCAGAGGAGCUCUGUAGCUAUCCGCUCCCCGGUUUUCAUGUCAGGGGCCACAUUGCUUGCGAGGUGCUUGCAGGGAGGAGGAUGAUGACCAUGAACGGCAAGCAGCAUUUCUCCAUGCACCCGGCUCUGCACGAGCCCAAGUAUCCCGGCCUGCACUCAGGCUCGGAGGGCAUGCGCAGAGUCUGUCUGCCCGCCCCGCAGCUGCAGGGCAAUAUAUUCGGAGGCUUUGAUGAGAGCCUGCUGGCACGGGCAGAGGCUCUGGCGGCUGCUGACAGCAUUGUCUCUCACGGCAAGAACCACCCGUUCAAACCAGACGUGACUUACCAUACCAUGAGCAGUGUCCCCUGCACCUCAGCCUCCUCUUCUUCUUCCACCACCGUGCCCAUCUCCCACGUGCCCUCCACCAUCGCCUCCCACCACCAUCACCACCACCACCUCGGACAGACCCUGGAGGCCGGGGACCUCCUGGACCACCUCUCCUCCAGCCUGGCCGUGACCGGGAUGGGUGCUCCGGAGCCUCCCGGGAUGACCACGUCAGCGCACCACCACCAGCACCCUCACCACCACCUGCAGACCAUGGGGCAGCUGCACCAGGCGAUGGCCAACAUGGCCCACCCUCACUCCCUGUCAGUGCACGGCGGCAUGGCGUGCAUCAACGACGUGGAGUCGGAUCCCAGAGAGCUGGAAGCCUUUGCGGAGCGGUUCAAGCAGAGGAGGAUCAAACUCGGAGUGACCCAGGCGGACGUCGGGUCGGCACUGGCCAACCUCAAGAUCCCCGGAGUGGGGUCUUUGAGCCAGAGCACCAUCUGCAGGUUCGAGUCCCUCACUUUGUCCCACAACAACAUGAUAGCGCUCAAGCCGGUUCUACAGGCCUGGCUCGAGGAAGCAGAGGCUGCAUACCGGGAGAAAAGCAGCAAACCGGACCUUUUCAACGGGAACGAGAGGAAAAGAAAGCGCACCUCCAUCGCCGCGCCGGAGAAGCGCUCUUUGGAGGCUUACUUUGCCAUCCAGCCUCGGCCCUCUUCGGAAAAGAUUGCAGCCAUCGCCGAAAAACUGGACCUGAAAAAGAAUGUGGUUCGAGUGUGGUUUUGCAACCAGAGGCAAAAACAGAAACGAAUGAAGUACUCUGCGGUGCACUGAGUUUCACACAUCAUGAAUUAAAUAGCCUACUACAUUUUUGAUCGAGUGAUUAAUAAUAGCCUAAGUAGCCUAACUAACAGGGAUUUAUCAACAGCUGUUCACCUCUCAUCUGGGAUUAUCUCCAAAAAAAGACUUAUAUUUUUCAUUUUGUGUCACUCACUCUUCGUUGUUGCACUUUUUCGAUUUUGUUAUUAAUGUGGGACUCAUAAAUGAUUAUGUUCUACCUGUGAGGAGGGUGAAUUUGAUGUUGUUGAUCAAAUAUGUUGCGAAAACUAAAUAUGAACUUUCAGCAAAUCCACCCUGACAGUUUGUCACAUUCAGGGACUUUAAUUCACUUUUUUUUUUUAUAUAUAUGAAGUGGAGUUUAAAGGCUAUGUGUUUACGGGCUGUUUAAGUGUCAGCGGUGUCAGUUAACUGAGGCGGCAUGAAGAUUUUAAAAGAGAAGGAAAUUUAGAUUUCAAGAUAAUAGGAUUUUGUUUUGUAAUAUUGGUCCGCAUCCCUGGCUCACAUGUAAUGAAGAAGCCUCCACCAUCUUCAACUGUGUUCUCACUUAUUUUUUGAAUGAAUUCAGACUAAUGAGUUCAAUGAUGAGGGAUCAAAAAUUCACCUUUUUAAAAUCACAAUUUUGUUUUGCAAACAAAUCUGCUCUCUUCGUUAACUGUUUGAUGGUCAUCAACGCACAAAUUGCAAUCAUUAUUCUACAGUAAUGUAAUUACACAAGGUAUGACACCCUGAGUCUGUUUAUCUUGAAUUAUUUAGAAAUGGAAAUGACACCGUCAUAUAUAAGGCACAUCCGUGUGGCUUUGGCUGCUGCUAUUUUAAUGUUUUGAUGUGAACAUGUUUUGGAGCAUUACAGGUGAGCUAUAGACCUAUAUCGAUUAUUUAGCCCAAAUAUAUAAAGUAUCACCUAAAUUAAGUAUUUAAUUUUUCCUCACUCUUGAUUUCACUUGGGAUAAAAACGUGUGAAGUUUAAACUUGAUAAAUGGUUAUUUUCUAAAUAAAUUAAAAAAAAAAAAAAUCCUUUAAGGCAGCGAUGUUAUUUUUGUGCUAUAUAAAUUUAAUAUUGAGACAUAUACAUGCGUAAUAUACAUUGGUUUACGACAAACAACUACAGCAACAGAAUGGCUUCCCUUCCACAUCCUGAGCUGCACCUAUGGGCGAUACAAUCUUUGUUUGUUUUAUGGGAACUCGCCUGACUAUUUUAUUUAUGAUUCCCUAAACCUCUGCUGGGAUUAAAUAUGUAUUGUCGUACAUGAUAUAAGCGCCACAGAAAAAAAAAUAAAGGCAUCUAUUUUCCCACCGCGGAGGGCAGAACGUGCGUCCUCUACGCGCUGCUACCGGCCCCUCUUCCACCUCGGAUUAGUGCGCUUUUAAUUAUGGACGCCCUCAUGUCACCGGGUUAUGUCGUGCAUUGGGUUUGAAAUGAUUAAGUAAUGACGAUGCAAUAUUAAUCAUAUAUUGGUAUAAAAUGAAGUAAUGCGGAGGAGUUGAGAGUAGAAGUCUGACUGGGAACUCUAGGGAAAGACGCACUGGAUACGGGUUAACCGAAGAAGCAGGGAAAUUAAAGUAUAGUUUAGUUUAGUUUUUUUACUUGUUUGACUAAGUAAGCAUUUUCCCCCUUUAUUAAAGUAAUUAUUAUUUUUGUUUUAAGCCGACAGGGGAACCAUUUCACUAACUUAUGAUUAAAUUCCCAUAGGCCAACAGUGCUGCUGCUAUUAUUAUUAUUAUUAUUAUUAUUAUUAUUAUUAUUAUUAUGCUGGUUGUAGUGGUUACAAAUUAAAUGCAACUUUCAGUAAAUCUGCUCUUGGCAGACUUGUUUCAAAUCAAAUUCAAAUUUGACUUAUAAUUCCUGAUUUAUCCUCUGGUAGCUCCAAACAAUGGACACGUUCUCCCAGAUAUUAAUCAAACAUUUCCAAAAUAAAAUAAUAAUAAUAAUAAUAAUAAUAAUAAAUUUAGGCUAGCCUACUACUAAUAAUUAAGAGCUUCCUCCGGAACCCUCCCAGGCCCAACAUCGGCAGGGUGAUGUUCCCAGUGAGACUGUCGGCGGGCUGUUUCAGCCAGGGGAUCAAUAUUUGGCAAUUACGCGGAAACGUUUGUGGCUCUUAUUAAUAUUCUCUUUGAUGCUGAGUUGGGAUUAAUCACAGUCUGUAAUUAAUGGUGUUGAAUAUGAUUUCUUUAAGGGGAAGGCCGGAUGAAAUGCAAAUGUAACUUGUUGUCAUUAAUAUGCCUCUUUCUAAAUUGUGUCACAUAUCUUGUUUGGAAAUGUUUUACAUGUUUCAGCUGAUGUUUCGUGAUUAAACACAUGUCAUCAAACCCUCUAAGAAUGAGAACGAUUAGGCCUCAAACAUC